AUGCGGGAGAACCAGGUUCGAUCCCUAGGUCGGGAAGAUCCCCUGGAGAAGGAAAUGGCAGCCCACUCCAGUAUUCUUGCCUGGAGGAGGAGGUGCCUCGUGGGUCCAUGGAGUCGCAAAGAGUUGGACAUGACUGAGCGACUUCACUUCAAUUCUUCACUUCACUUUAACCACUGUGAACAUUCUGGUUCUUUUCUUCAAGUCAUUGUUCUGUCUUUAUGUGCAUGUAUUUAUUGCAGUGGUGGUAAUGAUGGUUGUUUAUUUCCUUACAAAACCAGGAUUGUAAUACAUAAAUUAUAUAUAUAUAUUUUCCUAACACGGUAUCACUGCAUCAUAUUUUAA